CAGCUGUAGAGACCUAAGAGGGAGGUGGAGAGAGAUAGACUUGUGUGAUAAGGAGAAGGAGGACAGACUAGGCAGUCACAGUGUGGCGAGGGAGAGAUAGAGAGAUCACAGAGGGAGGGUAGAGAGAGGGACAUUCGGGCAGAGAGAGAUCCACAGACAGUAAAAAGAUUUGUGGACCUAGUCUCAGGUAAUUCCGUCAAGGACCAACCAUGCCAUUUGUGUCCCUCACCCCACUGUAUGUUUGGACACUCUCUCUCCUCCUCCUCCUGACUCAUUCUCUUGCACAGAGUGAUGCCGAUCUUUUGGUCACCACACGGUCUGGCAAAGUAAGGGGUAUUCGGCUUCCUGUCCUCACCGGUCAUGUCAGUGCCUUUCUGGGCAUUCCGUUUGCUGAGCCUCCUAUAGAUGAAUUUCGCUUCCGGAGGUCAGAACCCAAAAAGCCAUGGGGGGGAGUAUUAGAUGCUACUGCAUAUCCAAAUGCCUGCUACCAGUACUAUGACACAUUGUACCCUGGCUUUCCUGGUAUCGAAAUGUGGAAUCCAAAUCGGCCAAUGAGUGAAGACUGCUUGUACCUCAAUGUUUGGGUUCCCCAUCCACGCCCUUCCAAUGCCACUGUCAUGGUCUGGAUCUAUGGAGGUGGUUUCUACAGUGGCUCAUCAUCUCUGGAUGUCUAUGAUGGACGUUAUCUAUGUCAUGCUGAAAACCUGGUGCUGGUCUCCAUGAACUAUCGGGUAGGAGCCUUUGGCUUCCUGACGCUGACUCCUGGAAAUCCUGAUGCACCAGGAAAUGUAGGAUUAUUUGAUCAGCGCCUUGCACUUCAGUGGGUACAAGACAACAUAGCAUUCUUUGGUGGAGACCCUAAAUCAGUCACCAUUUUUGGGGAGAGUGCAGGUGGGGCUUCAGCUGGCAUGCAUGUUCUUUCCCCUGGUAGUCACCCAUUUUUCUCCAGGGCUGUGCUGCAAAGUGGAGUACCUAAUAGUCCUUGGGCUACUGUUACCCCACAAGAAAGUCGUCGCCGUGCAGAACUCCUAGGGAAGCUGCUGGAAUGCAGAUUUGGGAAUGAAACUGAAUUGUUAAAUUGUCUGAGGACAAAGGAACCUCAAAAGCUAAUUGACCAUGAGUUCUCAGUUCUACCAGCUCCUAGCGUCUUCCGCUUUGCCUUUGUACCAGUUCCUGAUGGAGACUUCUUUCCAGAAACUCCUGAAACAUUGCUAAAUAUGGGAAAUUUCAAGCAAUGUCCAUUGCUUAUGGGUGUCAAUCAGAAUGAGGGUUCCUACUUCUUAAUAUAUGGGGCACCUGGCUUUAGCAAGAAUAACGAAAGCCUGAUCAAUAGGGAAGAGUUCCUAGGAGGAAUCAAAAUGAGUGUCCCACAUGCAAAUGACAUUGCUCUUGAAGCUGUGGUUAUGCAGUAUACUGACUGGUCAGAUGAACAUGCUGGAGUGAAAAACAGGGAGGCUAUGGACAAUCUGGUUGGUGAUCACAAUGUUAUAUGCCCUGUAACUCACUUUGCAGGAAAAGUUUCAGAAUUUGGUAACCGGGUGUACACUUAUUUCUUCGACCACAGGGCAUCUAACUUGGCAUGGCCACAGUGGAUGGGGGUUCCACAUGGGUACGAGAUUGAGUUUGUCUUUGGGCUACCCUUGGAUGUCCGUUUGAAGUACACACCAGAGGAAGCAGUACUGAGUCGCAGAAUGAUGAGAUACUGGGCCAACUUUGCACGGACUGGUGAUCCCAACGUGGGCAAUGAUGUUCAUCAGCAGCGCUGGCCUUUGUACACUGCAUCCGAGCAGAAAUACUUAGCACUAAAUAACAAGCCACAACAGAACCUACAAGGGCUCAGAGUCCAAACCUGCAUCUUCUGGAACCGUUUUCUACCAAAAUUGCUGAACAUCACAGAUAAUAUUGAUGAAGCUGAACGUCAGUGGAAGGUGGAGUUCCAUCGUUGGAGUGCAUAUAUGAUGAGAUGGAAGAACCAAUUUGACCAUUACAGCAAGCAGGAGCGUUGCAGCGAGCUGUGACAUCACUGUGACAUCAUUCUAACAUCAACACACAACUCUUCUGCUUUAGAACCCAGGAACUGCAGCAAACUGUGACAUCAUCAUAAAAUUGCCUAGAUAUCACUGCACAAUUUCUCAACUCUACAGGAAAACAGAUCUGCAGACCGCUACUGUAAAAUAGUUAAACUAUUGAAACAUAUGCAGUGAGGCACAGUGGUGACUUAAACACAGUUUUGCAGACAUAGUGCCAAAUGUCACAUGACCAUUCUUAUACUACAUAUACAUGUAACUGCCCUUGUCCCGAGUACUGUAAUUCUUUAAUCCUAAUCAACCCCAGGGGCAGUUAUUCUCCCUGUACUAUGCUACAACCCUCCUCCCUCCUCACUUGCAUGUCCACCUGUAUAUAGUGUUUGAUGAUAUAAAGAUAUAGAUAUAUAUAUAUACAUAUUUAUAAUAUAUAUAUAUAUGGCGGGAGAUAUAUAUGUAAUGUAUUUAUUUGCUGUGAAUGUCAAACCUGAACUCAAACUUCCUUAUCAAAUGCUAAUAUCAAAUGCCAAAGUGGGAAUACCCCCUUAGUGUGUGAUACAAUAUGUGUAAAGUCAUAUAUAUUUGACAAAAACAUCAUAAUAUGGAUGUAAAAUAAUUAUACAUAUGUGUGAAUGUGUGUCUGUAGAGUUUGUACGUAUGUCUAUACAGUGUGUGUGCGCGUAUUUGUGUAUAUAUGUAUGUAUAUAUAUAUAUAUAUAUAUAUAUAUAUAUAUACACACACACAUAGUUCCACUCUUAUAAACCACACAUUAUAUGUAAAAGCUUCAAUUCCCCUCCAAAACAUGUAUGCAGGUACAAUCUUGUAACCCAUUCAUUUUAUAUGUAAUUCUGUACCGACCUCCAACCUCCAAAUAUUAAACUGUAUGUACAAAUCACGUAACCCAUAUAUUGUAUGUGGAACCCUUCAUGCAUCUCCAAAUAUUAUGUACAAUCCUUUAAUCCCUGCACUGUGAAAAAAUAAUUAAACCAACUGCAAACAAUAUUGUAUAUGUACAGUCUUGUAAAGGCUACAUUAGGUUUGAAAUAUGUUUCAAAUCCUAUGCUGUAUUUACAAUUUUUAAAUUGUAUGUCCAAAGGUUACAGUAUAUAUUCAGUAUUAAAGACACUUUGUAUAUAAAUGUAUCAAAUGUUACACUGUAGACCUGUAAUUAAUUAAAUGUAUGUAAAAUUCAAUGUCAGUCUCCAAAAUUAAAGGGACACUGAAAAUUUUAAGCAACUUUCUAAUUUACUCCAAUUAUCAAUUUUUCUUCGUUCUCUUGCUAUCUUUAUUUUAAAAGCAGGAAUGUAAAUCUUAGCAGCCAGCCCAGUUUAGGUUUUAGGUUCAGCACCAUGGAUAGCGCUUGUUUAUUGGAGGCUUACAUUUACCCACCAAUAAGCAAGCAUAACCCAGGUUCAAAACCAAAAAUGGGUCGACACCUAUGCAUCACAUUCCUGCUUUUUAAAUAAUUAUAGCAAGAGAACAAAGAAAAAUUGAUAAUAGGAGUAAAUUAGAAAGUUGCUUAAAAUUGCAUGCUCUAUCUGAAUCAUGAAAGAAAAAAAUGGUUUUAGUGUCCCUUUAAGCUAUAUGUAGAUCCAUUAAAUCCAAACCCUACAAGUAUUAUUUAUUUUUUAUUAUUAUUAUUAUUGGUUAUUUGUAGAGCGCCAACAGAUUCCGCAGCUCUAUAAACAUGCUACAAACAGCAUGGUUCUUAGGCUUACAUGCUAAGGGGGUUUAGGGGAUAGCACUGGAGGAGAGAAAACGGUAUAACGAAAGGUUAGUGUAGGUUGUAUGCAUCCCUGAACAGUAGAGUCUUUAGGGAGCGCUUGAAGUUUUCAAAACUAGCGGAGAGUCUUGUGGAGCGAGGCAAAGGGUUCCACAAGAUGGGAGCCAGUCUGGAGAAGUCCUGUACAAUGUAAAAUACUUGUCUAUGCAUUAUAUAAUUAAUUGAUUGUAUGUAAAAUCUUAUAUCCCUUUAAAAAAUUGCAUUAUGUGUACAUCUAAUAUUCUGUAAAUGUUAUGUAUUUAUUACAUAUUUAAACAGUGUACCUACAGACUUACAAAUAUGCUUUCUUUAAACAAAAUCAAUGUAAUCAAAAACUGCAUCUUGCAAUUGAUACAUAUAUUAGCACUAUCUGAAUACUACAUUCUAUGUACAAUUCUAAUUUUACAUUACGUGCCCAAUUCUAUACAAGUAUAGUAAAGUAAAUGCAACUUUCCUGUUAUCCUUUGAAUUAUAAUGAAUAUAUGAUGAAGUAUUUGCCCCAAUCAUAAUUUACCUAGGCAUCAAUUUGUAAAGCAUUGUAUUCAUUAUACAAUGAUCACAUUUCAUAACAAAUUACAUCAAAUUACAUUAGAGGAGCAAUUAUUUACUGUGUUCUAUUCAAUGUACUUAAAAAAAUAAGUGCACCUUCGGCAUCUUAACUUACAUUGAAUUUAAUUUUAUUUAAAGGGAAAUUUAGACAAAGUUUUUAUAGGACUUAUUGGGCCGCAACAUUCUGUGCAUGUGCUUGACUGACAGUCCAAUGCUUGCUUGGUGCAUAUGUACAUAUGCUUUGAGACUGGUUCUGGGGGCAAACAGGGUUAGAAGAUUUUGAAGGAUAAUAUAUACGGAAUAAAACCUUUUUUAACAGUUACACUAAAUCUUUGUCUUGCAGCAAACAUAAUGCUGGAACCAAAUGGUCCCAUUAAUAUUAUGAAUAAAAUGUCCCUUUAAUAUGUUAAUAGUAGGUAUGUGAUAGCAAUGUCUAUAAAAUAGAAUAUAUUACAUUAUAAAUAAAACAAAAAUGGUAAGUCUGUCCCAUAUAUGUACAAUAUUCAUCCUGUAUUUUAAUAUAUAAAGUGUGUGUGUGUAUAUAUAUAUAUAUAUAUAUAUAUAUAUAUAUAUAUAUAUAUAUAUAUAUGUGUAUAUAUAUAUAUAUAUAUAUAUAUAUAUUAUCCAUAGCCAUCAUAUAACCUUCAUUAAAGCAGUCCUAAAGCCACUUGGAUACUUACUAUAUUAGCUGUAGGUCCUUAUGUCCAUACGUCAUAUUUUAGGCAUAUUGUCAAAUAUUCUCCUGUGAUAUGGCGUCUAAUUUCUACCCUAUGGCCAUUAUGUUGUAUGCAGAGCCCUAUAUCUCAAAUUGUGUUAUAUCUAGACCUCUAUAUACACUUUAUAAUAUAUAUGUAGAGCCUGUACCUUCCCUAAAACCAGUAACGUAUAUGUAGAGUUAUAUCUCCAUCCUAUAAACAUUGUAUUAUGUGUAUAUAUCCUGUGAACAUUAAAUUAUAUGCAAAGCCUGAUUUCCUCCAUAUGACCAAUCCAUUAUAUGCAGAGCUAUCAGUUUACCUUAGCAACAUUACUUUACAUAUAGAGCCUUAUGACCACCAAAUAUUAUUAUCAAGUCACAUAUCUAUGCUGUGGAGCCGUGUGUGUUCCUUUCCUACAUUAAAUAAAUGUUAUAUGUACAGCAUUACCAAUCUUAUAAACAUUACAUGUAGUGUCCUUUAUUUUCCUACUAUCAUUGCAUAAUAUGUGGAGGCUAAUAUUCACUAUUAUAAAUACUACCCUAUAACUCCUAGAGUUGCAUCAAUAUUUAUGAACCUUAUACUGCAUUAUAUGUUAAGUACUAUAUUGUUGUUCAUGAGCAGGGUUACAGAGGUAUUAAAUUCAGAAUUAACCCCCUAACCCUAUUUAAUUAAGCAUAGUAAAAAGAACUAUGCAAUAUGCAUUUAUUAUGCCUAAUUUUCCUGUGAUUUACUGCUUUAAAUUAUGCUUUUUUUUUUAAAAUUCCCCCCAGAGGUUGUAGUGCAAGCUACAAACCUAAAGGGACAAACAAAUUUGAAAUGUGCUCUUUUUAAAUUUGAUAAAUAUUCUCUGAUAACUUUUUUUUUGUUUUGCCAUUGCUGCCCUAGCAUAUGCAGGUAAGCUGUGUGCAUCUUUUAUUGGAUGUAAGCGCACAAAGCAUACAUGCGUAUGCUAGAGAAGGGACAUGCAUUGGAAAACUUUUAUAUAUGUGUUAGUGGUAAAGUUUGCAACUGCAAAAUAAAUUAGGCCAAUUUGUGUAUUUUUUAUAUUCAUACACAGUUUCAACAUGCAAAUAUGCUGUAUGCCAUAUUAACUUUAUAAUAUUAAAAUCUCUUAUAUGCAUACCGUGAUAUCAUUAUAUUGUUCUGAAAUUAAAAGGAAAUCAGAUUAAAUAGUUGUGGUAAAAAUAAGUGUUUUAAAAAAUAAAGUAGCCUUUAUUAUAUAUUGUUUCUGACAUACAGUUUAGCAUCUUUAUGACAGAGUCCUCACCAUUAGUAAUACAUCACUACAAAAUACUGUGAAGCCAAUCACUGGAGGUAGAGUCCUGUAAAGUAUGUUUUGUUCCAUUUUCCGUUAAUGAAACCCUUCAGUAUAUUUCUCCUUUUUGAUACUUCCUUAUAUUUUUAUACAAAAGCCAUAUCAUCCUGCAAUCCAUGUGUUUUAUGUAGAUUCUAACUUUCCUUAAAAAUAUUUUGUUUUGUUUUCUUUUUAUAUUUCUCUGAAAAAACUCUUUAAACACAAAAGAAAUAUGUAACAUUUUCCACCCAAUUGUUCAAGUUCAUUGAGCUAUAACAGCUUAUAAUAACAUCUAGUUGAUCUAGGCUUGGGCUGUUAUAUAAUUUGAAAUAAUACAAAACAGCUGGUUUAAAACAUUUCAAAGAAACGAUGCUGAGUUCAACCAUGACUUUAACUUUAAACCCAUUCUUUUACAACUGUUCUCUGUUUGCAUGUUUGCUAACGAGGAACAAAAACCGGUUUGUAUUUGCAUCACUAAAUAAAAGAAGAUGAAAUUCCAUAA